UUUGAUGUCGUCUAAACGCUUCUGUUUUUUCGGGGGGUUUCUGGGUAGUAGUCUACAGCGUGGAAUUUGUUCUCUCCGUAUGUGUGUGUGUUCGUCGAUUGCUUUGCGGUUGAUUUGGUUUUGGUUUUUUGUUUUUUUAUAAGUAGGUCGUAAUGAGUGUGCAUGGUGCUGGAUCAAGCAUCCCUUCUGCUUGUCCUAGUCGCGAGGUUUAUGGUCAUGAUUUGGGAGUGUGGAUUGGAGUUGUCAGUGUUAGCUGCUGUUCGUUCUAGGUUUUCUUCGGCAUUGUGGACCGGUGGCCUCACACGGUGGGCAUCUGACCACGUGAUGAGCGUUGCAAGCGUAAUGGAGCGAGCGAUCAUUGUCUGAGAAAAUUUGGAAGUCGUUCAUUCAUUCGAAUGUUCCGCAGCCAUGUGUUCCGGGAAUGAUGUGUAGUUGGUCGCGAACUAAUCGCGAUAAGAACUGUCACAAGGAGCAGAAGUUGAGUUGGUGACUUGGUUGCUAUGGCUACUCCUCCCCUGCCUCGGCCUCCGAUGUCUAAGAAUUCCUCGGAGCGGCUAAUUGUGGCCAUUGAGGAUGUAAAUGACUUAUGGGAGACUGUUAGACGAAAUCUCGAGGCUCGUGUGCCAUUCAAGAAGGCAAGCUUGAAUAAUAAAGCUCGGAAUCUCGUGCUGGUUGAUAAGCUACUUGUGGAGUUUGUUCAAACUACUGAUGCACGUCUGCGUAGGGGGUUGCCUGGGGAGCAAUCGUCUUUAACUUCAGGAUUCCGUCGGCCCUACGCAUGGGUCAUUUUAGUGACAUGUGAUGACCUUGACGAGUACAAGAACUUGUUAAAACCACGCCUCAAAACCAUUGUGCAGGCUGAGGAUCAUGAGUGGUUCAUUGUGUUUGUUUCCAAAGCUACUACCGACAACACUGUCAAGCUUAGCAAGAGGGUUUUCAGCAGGAUUGAAAGUGAUUUCAGCUCCAAGAAGAGGGAGAGAUGUUGUAAAGUUGACCUGUACGGUGGCGAUACAUCUGUGUGGGAGGAAAUUGAGCUAAAGAUUGUGGAGUGUAUCCGUUAUACACUGGAUCGCCGGGUGCUGUACUACGAGGAGGAGGUUCGCAAGCUGAGUGAAAAUCGGUUCAUGCCUGCUUGGAAUUUUUCCAAUUUCUUCACAGUGAAGGAAAGCUUAGCCUUCAUGUUUGAAAUGGCAAGUUUACGGGAGGAUGCUCUCCGUGAGUAUGAUGAAUUAGAGCAAAUUUACACAGAAAUCGUGAAUGUGCCGCAUGCGAAUGUAUUAGAAUUUGGUGGAUUAGAUGCUGGUGAUGACUGUGCGGCUCUACUUGAUGGUACUCGUAAGUCGGUGAAUCAAUUCGCAGCGGAUGGCGCUGUUCGGGAGUUUGACUUUCGACAGUACCUCUUCUCUCGUCAAGCAUCGUUGCUUUUUGAUCUUCAACGCCCAGCGGAGGUUUCUGGCCGAGGGCAUUCAUUUAUCAUUUCCUUCGCCAAAAUCCUUACACAACAUGAGAAGGAGUUGCCAUUCUGUAUGCGGGAAAUUUGGGUGAUCACUGCGUGUCUUACGCUAGUGAAAGCUACUAGUCAACGCUUUUCCGCAUCGAUUGUGUCACAAGGGACUGUGAAGGAUUUCCAUCGACUUCAGGGUGAUUUAUACUCAUAUGCUCGAACAAAGCUUAUGCGGUUGGCAGACUUGAUUGGAUAUGGUCACAACAUCGAGACAAGUCCUUGCAAUAGUGCAGCAUUGAGCAUGUUGCCAUGGCCGAAACCUGCUGUUUGGCCUGCUGUUCCUUCUGAUUUUUCACUGAUACAAGCAAAAGAAGAGGUAUCUCCUCCCAAAUUAUCGGAAGGUUUUGGAAGGUUUAGAAGACAACUCUCUCUUUCACCAACUGUUCUACUCCGCGAGGCCAACCGUAGGAGGUCAUCACUUUCAGUUGGUAGCUUGGCUGAGAUGCUGGAUUUGAGCCGACUCUCUGCCAAAGAAAGUCCAGCUGCAGAUGGUGCUGGUGAUCCAUUACCUACUUUAACUCCUGAGGCUUCUAAUUCCGAAGUCCAUUCUUCAACACCCGAAACUUUGAAGAAUCAAAUGAGCAUAGAACCCCCAAUGAAGCUGCCUGAAGUUCAAGCAGCAGCAGAACAUGCAUUAUUGACCAGCAUUAGUGAUGAAACUCUACGCAAGGCUCUGUCAUCCGUUGAAGGAUUUGAGGAUCUAUUCCUGGACCUUACCCGGUCCGCUGCUGACAAUUUCCAUCGAUCUUGGCGUAAAAGGCACGGCCUGGUCUUAGAUGGUGAAGUUGCAGCUGUACAUUACCGACGUGGAGCAUUGGAUGCUGCUGCGAAGCUUUAUGAGAAGGUUUGUGCUCUUUACGGGAGUGAGGGGUGGCAUGCUUUAUUGGUACAAGUUCUUCCCCGGCUAUCUGAAUGCCAGAAAAAACUAUCAGACUGGGCUGGUUACCUCUCGUCUUGCAUCAAGCUUUUGUCCUUAGAUCCAGGAUGUAUAUCGGGUGAAGAUCGAAGAAGUAUUCAAACGGAAAUCGUUAAGCUAGCCCAUGGGGGUUUGCCUGUACCAGUGUCAUUAGAUGUGUCUACUCUUAUCACGUUCGCUGCAAGAGGGGGUCCACCACUCGAACUGUGCGAGGGUGAUCCUGGAACAUUGAUGGUAACUUUGUGGAGUGGGUUUCCGGAGGAUAUCACUCUGGAUUCUUUGAGUCUAACUUUGGUGACCACUUUUACUGCUGACGAAGGAACCAGGGUAGUGAAAAGCGUGGAUACUCCAGUACUCAAGCCUGGGAAGAAUGUUGUAUUAAUGACUUUGCCACCUCAAAGACCAGGGUCUUAUGUAUUGGGUGUACUAACUGGCCAUAUUGGACAUGUCAUACUGCGCUCGCAUACGUACUGUACUACAAGUGCUGCUAGCUCAAAGGGUGGGCCGCCGGAUAGCGAUGAUUAUUUAAGUAACGAGAAACCCAUUCGGAUUGUAUUGGAGGUUGCUAAACCGAGAGCAUUGGUAGAAAUCAAACCAGCAAUCGCUAAAGGACUUCUUUUUGGCGAGCCACAGUGGGUAGGUUUGAUCAUUAGACCUCUUGGUUACUCCCUCGAAGGUGCUCAUGUGCACAUUUCAGCUGGACCAAAUUUACAAUUUAUGGCCAACCAAAUUGCUCUACUAGACGUUAGCAAAGCUCCUCAAGCUGAGGCGAAUGCCCAACUCAACACCGACACGGAUGGUGCGAUUUCUGAGUUUCAAAAUUCUCACGAUAUUCUCGACAGCAGCGAUUCAUUCAACAAGGAUGAUCACCUAAGCGGCAAAAUCAAUCUUGAUGCCGAUGUGCCUCAGCAAUUACAAAUGAAGGAUGGUAGCUUAGAACUUCCUUAUUGGUCCAGAAUGGUGACUUCUGUGCUAUGGAUUCAAGUCAAAGCGGAUUCAGAUGAUAAUUCGAUUUCGCAUUUCUCUGGAGAUCCACAUCUGUUUUCUCCCCCUCCUUCUCCAAAGAAAGUUCCAUCAAUAACAUCGGAUUCACAACUGCAAGAUCUUGUUCCAGCUGCAGAUCUUGUUUCUGAAAGCCAACUAAAUGGCAAUUUAGGGCAAGGACAUGUUCCCUCAAAUGGGAAAUUUGUUUCUAGAUUUGGCAUGAAUACGUUAAAAGUGAAGAUGGAGUUCGGAGUUUCUCGUAACCGCUUGUACGAAAGAACGAUUUCAUUGCAGUUCACUCAUCCGUUUCGAAUUUCUACUCGCAUUGUCAGUAGAGGGAACGAUGGGAGGUUCCUCUUGCAGAUCACCUUGAAUUCUCAAAUGGCAUCGGCUGUGACAAUUAAAAGCGCCAACUUAGUACUACAGCCGGGUUUUGCUCAUGUCAAUAAUCAUGAGGGGUACCCUACUCCUUCAUGGCUUCUGCCUCUCUCAGUCUCAGCCCUGUCUGAGUGUGCACUCCUCUUUGCAAUUCGCUCAGAUUCAGUUACAACAAAAGACGGUGAUUGUCUUCUUGGGAACGGUUCUGGUGCAUCACAUCAAAGACAAGUGAGUAGUCUUAACAUUCAAUAUAAAAUUUCAGGAAACCAUGAAGCUGGAGUGCAACCCCCUGUGAUAGAUGGAGUCGCAAGCAGUGAAAGCUACUUAAAUUUUUCAAGCAGUUUCCACCUCAUAAUGCCAGUUCUGGAGCAACUGGUGGCUGUUGGCAUGCUCCCCAUUCCUUCCCAAUGCCCCCGCGUUGGACAGCAAGUUGUGUUUCAGUGGCGUGUUGAGAGGCUCAAGGAAGGUUGGGCUGCAGCUCAGCAACACGAUUUUACAGAGAAGAACGUCUUACCUGGGACACACAGUGACCAGGACUCCGAAGACUUGUAUUAUGAGCUCAAAGCAAAUGAAGAUUACUGGAUGAUUGCAGGAAGACGAAAGGGUUUUAUUUCUCUGUCUCCAAGUGUUGGCUCCCGCAUUGUUCUCUCAAUGGCUUGUGUACCUUUGGUGGCAGGUCAUGUUCAUCCCCCUGCCUUGCGCUUGGUGAACAUAGGUCGUGCUCAUGUGAGCCGUAGUCCUGCAGGUCCUCAUUUGGUUUGCAUUCUACCCCCUGCACCUUGUUCUGCUCUGUGCAUCAGAAAGGGCAUAUGAUUUUUGUCUUCAAGCUUCUAUGGAGAAGCUGGUGUUGCACGGUUGCUGCGAGACUCUUCGCACACGUCGCCAUCUGAUUUUCAAGAAAAAGCUUCUUCAAUCGUGGCUUGUGUAAUGUUCUUUCGAACUCCCUAUGCAUGUCUCAGCUCAUCAAUGAAGUUGACGAAAUGGUUUUAACGAUUGAACACAUAGUUCAAGUCUACUUGUUAAAGGAGAUAGAAAUGAGCUGUAAGAUUUCUUCAAUACAUUUUGAAGUAGGUUAUGGAGUCAUUCCUCAGAAGCAAUUUAUCCUGAGUAGCAGUGGGUGUAGAAUUCAGUUCUUUGAUUCUGGAAUACCUCAGUGUGGAGCAUUCUUUCUGGAGCGGAUUCAUUCCUCCCAUCACCUUAACACAUGAAGCCUCUCUUUCUCAGGCAGUUGGCUGGUACCCUUGAAGGUCAUCUGGGUACGUGUUAGGUCGAUACUCUGUGAUGGCUUCAGCAAAUGCUUGAAUAAAUUGUCCAAGAACAUUUCUCUUUUUGA